UCACCAUGAACUGUGCUGGAUGCGCUCGAUGCGCCAUGUUACUUUGAUCUGACCCCUUGACCCUCUUUUGGCGCCAUAUACUCUCCUUCUUUCACUCGUCCUUUAUAUGCUGUUUUUAGUCAAUUGAAUCGCUCAUUACUUACUUUGAACUCGCGUCAUCGAUACGGUCGAAUAUGUCGACACGGUAUUCGUUGCGCCAGACUCCCAAGAAAACAGAGCGUGCUGGCUACGUGGAGACCCCACGCCCCCGUCGGCCGAACCGUCGCAAGUCCCAAUUCCCUGAAGAGGAGGGAGACGACUCGUCCUCCCAGACCGACAACUCAACCACCAGAGUCGCGUCAACUCGAGUCUCAGAGAAGAAAGCCGUCGUCACUGAGACAAUGACGAAGACGAAUGGAAGCGUCAGCAAUGGCUCAACGACCAAGGCCGCAAAUGGCCACGCGGGGAAGAAGCUCGACGCAGAAAAGGGGGACAUCAUCGAUGGCUGGGCAGUCGGCAAGGAUCCCAAGAUCGAUUACUCUGGGCAUUUCGACUUUGGUGGAUCUUUUGGUGUCAGUGCCAUGAUGAUUGGGUUCCCAACGCUGAUGUACUACAUGUGGAUUGGUGCAACCUUCUACGAUGGAAAGUUCCCAACUCCAGCCCCGGACCAGACGUUCGUCGAUUUUGUCAAGCAUAUGGCGGAUAUUGUGCGUGAACACGCCUUCCCAUCUCUGCGAGCUUGGAAGAUAUACUGGGUCUUUUUCAUCUUUGAAGCAGCGUGUUAUUGCCUGCUUCCUGGGGUGGAGACUUAUGGCAAGCCUCUUGCCCAUGAAGGAGGCAAGCAGCUUAAAUACUACUGCUCCGGAGUCUGGUCUUUCUACACCACCAUACUGGUCGCUGCCGUGCUUCACUAUACUCGUCUGUUCCCACUCUACACAAUUAUUGAUGAGUUCGGCCCGCUCUUGUCUGUGGCAAUCAUCUCUGGGUUCUUGGUUGCAAUCGUUGCCUAUUUUUCUGCCAUUAUCCGCGGGGCGCAACACAGAAUGACGGGGUAUCCCAUUUAUGAUUUCUUUAUGGGUGCUGAGUUGAACCCGAGGAUGUUCGGUAUUCUGGAUUUCAAAAUGUUUUUCGAAGUCCGCCUCCCAUGGUUUAUCCUACUCGGCAUCUCGUGCGCUACCGCUGCUCGACAGUACGAGGACUAUGGCUACGUCUCUCUUGAAGUAGGCUUUUUGAUCAUGGCACAUUUCUUGUAUGCAAAUGCAUGUGCCAAAGGCGAAGAGUGCAUCACGACUACAUGGGACAUGUAUUACGAGAAAUGGGGUUUCAUGUUGAUUUUCUGGAACCUGGCAGGCGUUCCCCUUAGCUACUGCCAUUGCACCCUUUUCCUUGCCAACCACCCCCCGUCAGCCUACCAAUGGAACCCCUAUCUAAUGGGCGUGCUUUUCGUAACAUACCUUUUUGUAUACUGGGUCUGGGAUACGACCAACUCUCAAAAGAACCGCUUCCGAGCUCAAGAGCGCGGCUUGCUUAUUGAACGGAAGACUUUUCCUCAACUCCCAUGGCAGACCGUCAAAAACCCUCGCAUCAUCAAGACCAAGACUGGAGACUCGAUUCUUGCUGACGGAUGGUAUGGAUAUGCCAGGAAGAUACAUUACACCUGUGAUUUCUUCUUUGCGAACACCUGGGGUCUGGUCACUGGGUUCAGCAGCCCAUUCCCAUGGUUCUACCCGGUCUUCUUUACUUGCAUGAUUAUUCACCGUGCAUUUAGGGACAUCCAACGGUGUAAAGCGAAGUAUGGGAAGAGUUGGGAGGAGUAUGAGAAAUUGGUGCCAUAUUUGUUCAUCCCGUAUGUUUUUUAAGGAGAGAACAAAGUUGAUGUGACGACAGCCUGGCCCUUGUGGUCUUACGGGGAUUCAUGCGGAGUAAGUAUACGUGCUUCUAGCAUAUGAGACGUUGACAGGAAAGUUGUGGACUGGUGUCUCAAAGUCGGCUCUCCGCCGGCACAUCAGUGCCUGAGUGGACUUAUGCUUGUACAUUAUUGCCAUAUUAUACGUAUCCUUAAUACAGUCUUGAUGCUUGAUGGGUUAUAGCUCUCCAAGAAAGUCGGGCGUGAUCUGACCAAGAGCCGGAAUAAGGAUUUGGAUAUGACAGGAGACGAAACCGAAGAUUAGCUGCUGGAGAUAGUUGCCAAGGCUGUUCAGGGCUAUGGUUCCGGCCAACUUCGAGUCUCAUAGAUAGGGAGGGCGUUGUAUCAAAAAGGUUUAAGAUUAAAGACAG